AUGGCCCAUGUUAAAAGCGCGUGAUUCCCACUUGCUCUCCGUUCAUUCUUCCAACCUCUUCUUUCUGAGUUGUAAUUCAUAUCUCUCUCUACCAAAAAAAUAAAAAACCCACCGAACAAAGCCUUUGGAAUCAGAUCAAAAUCAGAAACAAAAUUAAUUCAAACCCCCAAAAGUGAAAGUGUUACAAUAUACAUAUAUAGAUAUAUUUGGGGGUGAUAUUGGGAGAGGCAGCUGCGGCGCCAUGAGCGACCACCAGCACCAUCACCACCCACGGCUGAGCAACCUACGGACGACGGCUCAGCUUCUCAGAGAAGCUACCACCACCUUCACCACUAACCUCGCCACCUUCCUCUUUCUCUCAAUCCUCAUCUUCUCAUUCCGUACAGUCGUCGAGAAUGGCACCCACUUCGUCACCUCCUUCAUUGAUCGUGACCCUUCUCUGAAGUCUCUCCUCUCUCGCCUCGACCUCGCCGGAAACCAACACCAGAAUAACCGUCUUCGCUCCUCCUCAUCUGAUUCUCCCUCUCCCGCGACUCUUCGCCGAUACCACCGUCGCCGACCAUUUCUUCAUCUCACUAGGGUUGGAACCCUCGACGAUGACUUCUUCUCUGGAGAUGAUGACGAUGAUCGGAGUCUCUUUGGGUCUAAUCGGAAAGAUUCCGUUAAUGCUAGCAUCGUCUUGUUCACCAGCUUGGGUCCGAAGAUGGGUUUUUCUGAUCUGGUUGUUGAUAAUGGGAUUAGGGUUUCGGAGGUUGUUCGGUAUGGGGUUACAUUCAGAACCGAAGCGAGAGACGAGAAAAACGACGAAGAAGAGGAGAAGAAAGACGGUGUAUCGCCUGGAUUGGAGAACGGUCAUCAAGAAGAAUCGGAUCGGAUUGUGGAUUUGCCAUUCUUCAUUAAGGGUUUGGAGCUCGGCCGUCGUGACGCGGCUUUGUUGUUCUUCCUUGUGAGUUUCUUAUCUGCAGCUUAUGGGUGGGUAAUACUAGGGUUUCUAGUAACGUAUUCUUGGGUUUUGGGCAUUGUUUUCACAACUGUUGUUAAUGAUCUAUUAGGGAGGUUUAAUUCUUUUGCUGGUCUAAUAUGGGAUGGGUCAAGAUUAGGGCUUAAGAGGCUAUCUGGGUUCAUUCUAAUGAGAUGGGCAGUGAGAGAUGCAUUGACUCAGCUUCUUGGUUUGUGGUAUUUUGGAGAAAUUGAAGACCAGUAUUCAUUUUUCAAGCUGUUUGUGAGGUUGAAACUUAUGCCAUUCUCUGUUAUGUCUCCAUGGAUUCGUGGUUUUGAAAAGGAGAUUUCAGGGUUUUUGUUUACAUGGUUCCUGUUGGAUACAUUUGUGGCUUUUGUGUUCGCUGUGGAUGCUUGGAUUGCCAUAGUUGAUUCGAGGAAGAGUGGGAGAGAAAUUGUUAAAGAAGGCUGUUAUUUGAUAUCCACCAUGUUUAACCAAGCUGUCCAGAUCAAAUGUUUGGAAGCUGUAUUUUGUGGGUCAUUUGUGAGGUGGGUUUUGGCUCGGGUUUGUGGCAAGUCUUUUGCCAAGCUUUUUCAGUCUACCGUGGAAGUUUACUUCAUGGUUGUUUGGCUUGUUUUUUACUUUGCGGCAAGAUGUAAAGAUGCUAAUUCUCAGGGAAGGAGGUUUGGGCGAAGGGAAAUGGAGAAUUUGAUUGAUGGCCUUAGAUGAUAGUCAAUGGUAAUUGAAUGGCAUUUUUAUCUUGGAGACCAUAAAUCAGCGGGUAAACAUUCAGUGCUCUGUUCUCUUAAUUUGCAAUCCUAAGUGAUUUUGCACUGCCGUUGUUUGAGUUGUCAGUGAUCACCACCAACAAUGAGUUGUAUGUACUUCGUCACAAGGCAAUGUACUAUUUGUGUAUAUUCCGCCUGGUAAUCAAUCUUACAUGUGUAUAUUAUGUUGCAAUCAAUUGUUUCAAAUGCUGCAAUACAUGUUCUUUUGGUGACGAUAAAGAUAAUGUAAGAAAGUCAGAAUACUCAUUGUUGGAAUUGUGAAUUACUUGUGCUGCUGUAGCUGUGACCUGUGAGCCUUCAAUUCUUGUAGUCAAUUGAGUUAAGCAGGACCCUCUUUUUCCUUUCCUUUCUUAUUAUACAUUUACCUUCUACAAGGUUCCUUCUUGUUAUGUAUUAUUUUUUCUUUUGCUGCAUUGAAUGAUUUCUAUAUUACAAAGUGAAUAAUAGAUGGAUACAAAAAACUCUAUAUUUUGCAGACC